UGUAAAAGCCUAUUGGUAUACUCUGAUGAGCAGUUUGUUUUUUAGACAAACCUUCAAAAUCCGUUAGUAAAAUAAUUUCCCUUACGUAAUUCACAAAGAUUCUGCAUUAUUUUUAAAUAUUUUUCAAGAAUAACUUAACAGUAGACGUUACACGUAUUGGAAAUACAGAUGCAACACAUUUACAUUGAUUGGUCACUAGGGUGUGAUCAUUGUCAUGUGUCUGGUCUUCAGUGUUGGUACAGACUGAAUUCUGUCUGUUGCCUCUUCCAUGUGUAUCUACCAAUUACCUGUUCCUGUGAAGCCAGUUACACAGACUGUACAAUUAGGCGUGUUUCUCUUCUCGGAUUUCCGAACAUCCCCCUGCGUGGUUAAGCAAAGGACAAGCGAAAUCCAUUCACAUAGCGCUAUUCUAUCUCAUCUUGUGAAUACAGGACACAAGAUUGAUGUUAACGAGGCAACUUUCAAAGUCAUCUACCGCAUACCAACAAAUCUUAACUUUGCCUUAAGAGUUCAUCUACUACAUAUUGCUGAGGCUGUGGGGAUCCAUAUUAACAAGCCUAAUUUGUGCAUCCGAAAGAAGUUAGUUCAGAAAUUAUCAUUACCUUGGCCAUCUAGGUUUCAGUGAUCCUCAAUUUUUGUGGAAUUUUCCUAAUUUUAGUUGAUAUUCUAUUUACUAUUAUAUCUUUAUUAUUAUAAUAAUUCAAGCAUCUUUAAUAAAUUAUAAUUGCAUUGAUCGAUAUUAUUUAAAAAACACUAAUAUUGUUAUUGACUA